GUAAAGAGGUCAGAGAGGAAAAGAUGUAUCACAGGGCAGUUCCGCACCCAACAAAGAACAGAGUCUGACCGACGUUACGGUGUUAGAAGGAGUAAGCGUGCUGCACGGAGGUAAAUCUAACCUAUUGAAGGGUUACAAUGCAAGCGUACUAAUAUAAGAGAUCCUAUAAAACAUGGAAAAGAUGGCCGCCGACCCUCGUGCUGCGCUUCGCACCCUGCAUCGUAUCGAGGAAGAUGAAUCGGAGGAGAGAGAGCACCAAGAACUGCAAGAACUUGGCUCAACGUAUUGGGCUGAAUUGAAACAAGUGGAACAAGAGUACAGUCCACGUGAAAAACCUACAGACGGACAGGCUACAUCUGCCAAAAACUCAAACUCCUUGGUUGCAUCGGUGAAGAAGGCCAUUUCUUCUCUAGGCUCUAAUGCCUCCUCCUCCAUUGAGAACUUUGUUCAGAUCACAGACUGUUUAAAGGACAGUUCAGAAACUUGCUCUGACCAGACAGAUACAAUUAUACCAGAUCUUUGCAUCCACCUUGUGAUGGUCAGGAAUGGACUUCCUGACCCAGAGCUCCAAGGAGAACUGAGGAACAGACUUCGGCUGCUAGAGAAUGACAAUAAGGAAGUCACAACUGUAUUUAAUGAAUUGUCUGCACGGCUGCUGUCUAUUCAGAGUGAUAAGGAUUUGAUAACCGUGACCUUCAAAACGUUUGAAGAAAUAUGGAAAUUCUCCACCUACUAUUCUCUUGGGUUCCUAAAUCACUGUAUGGAAAAUAUUUUUCAAGACCAGUUAUUCUGGCUAUCUUCACCGGAGGAAGGUGAUGCUGAAAUCAAAGUCUCUGUUAACGAGGAAACAUUAAAUCUUAUUUAUAAAAGUCUUCUAAUGGAGGAAGGAAUGUUCUUUGUCCUCUGUGCUGACAAUCACGUAAGGCAGGCUGGUGUGGUAGACGGUGCGCUGCAGGUUUUCCAACCAAACAGUUCCCCUGAAGGACUAAAUGUUGAAUGGACACAGGACGGACACGCUGUACCGGCUGACCCCUUACUUGGCUGUAAAGCGGAACCUUUAUGUCCUUUCCAUGAGUGGUUUCUUAAGACAAAUGCAGCUUCUGACUUAGGUGAUUUUGCUGAAUCAAAGUUGAGAAAUAAAAUUGCUGUAGGCCGGUGUGAAGCAAUGGUUGAUUAUCAAAGUGAAGUUGCUGAUGAGAUGACCUACAAAAGUGGAGAUAUCAUUGAAACACACGGUACUUUUUUUGAAUGCAUGGAGUGGUUUCUCGGAAGAAAUAAGACAAGUGGACAAAUUGCUUUUGUGAAGACCAGCAAUGUGAGCCUUUCCUUAUCAGAUUCAGGACCAGAAACCUUGGCAUUUUUAACAAGUGAAGAAAACAUGCUCUACAGAAGCAAAGAAGAAUUUGAUUUGAAUGAUGCAAAGGAAUUGCUACAUACAAUAUCCUAUUCAGACGUUUGUAAUGUAUACAGAGUGGAUGAACUUCAGGAGAUAAGAGAUCCCAAGCAUAGCGAACUAAGGCCACCAACUAGUAUCGAUUCAAAUGACUUGAAAGAAAAAAUAGAAAAAUUCUUAGCUGAAACCGAGGAAAACCAAGUGGCGGAUAUCAGGGACAACCUGCAAACUCACACACUCUCAACAUCCAAAGAAGCUAAGGUCACCCAUGAAGAACACAAGGCCCAAUGUUUCUGUAUCCGGGAGGAAGAGGAUAGACAAGAGGCGCUGGACUCGCUGCUUUUAUUCUUAAACAAUGAAAAAUAUCUGCCGAGUUUCAAAAACCUUUAUGAUACCUCCUGUGAUUUUUUACAUACCUUGUUUAGUGGAUAUCGUGAAGAGGGAGAAUUGGUUAGAUAUCUCAGUAUGGCUCGCGAGGCAGCAAAGAAAGCCAACAUGAUCUGGGCAUUGACGAGGAUUUGUUUCCUCCUGGGAAGGCUCUCUGUCAAGAGACACAAGUUUUCCCAAGCUAGGGUCUACUUUGAAGAAGCAAUGGGGGUUAUUGAUGGUGCUUUUGAUGACCUUUUCCUCAUCAGUGCUGUAUAUGCAAACUUGACUGCAGUAUAUCUGAAACAAAAGCACAAAGAAAAAUGCGUUCACAUGAUUGAUAAAGCCGCUUCACUCAUCAUCGGACUUGAAAGUUAUAUCAGUAGCUCAGACAUGGAACCAGCGAUCCUGAAAUAUGCCUUGAAAAAAGCGAUACUGAGUCAGGACACGCGCUGUGAAAUCCGAGUAUGUUCCCUUCUGGCCAAAAUUUACACUGACUUAAGACAACAUGAUGAGGCCUUACCGUUUGUAGAACGCCUACAGUUUCUAAGUAACACGGUGGGAUCCCAGCAGAGCUCCGCACCAGAAUACUACUUUCAGCUGGCGGAUAUGUAUAGUAACAAGUGCUUGCCCCACAUGGCAUUGAGCUGUGUUAAAGUGGCAUCCCAAGGACCGCGUAGUUUCACAGACUCGUUGAAGGGAGCAAAAUUUGUCAUCGAAAAUGCGAACAAGGUUUGUGAGAUAAAGAGAGGGAAACAAACGUUUCCAACACAGAUCGCUCACUACCUCAGGAAUGCAUUGGUGUCAGCAGCCACGCAACAGGAGCAAACACUCUCCACUUCGAUAUACUUGGGUUUAUCCCAAUUAUGCACUGGCCAUAAACAGUAUAAAAAGGCUCACUUAUAUAUUCUGAAAGCCAUUGAGGAGAGUGUUUCAACGACGCCAAAAUCAAGGGUGGAUAUUUGUGUUUCACUAGCUUGGUUGUGUAUGCUGGAUUCAGCGAACUCUUUGGCUCUGGAUAUCUUGAAUGGUGUGGAAUCAGUAUGUAUCUGUACACCGCAUCAGCUGGGGAUCGUGUAUAACCUAAAGGGCAUUGCCUUGAGACGAACGUGUGCCGUAAAAGAGGCGGCAGAGCAUUAUGCCAAAGCUCUGCAAAUUUCAAGGGACACAGGCGCUCAACACAACACAGCUGCUGCUUUAGCCAACUUCGGUAUAUUAUGCCUGCACUUAAAUGCCCAUAUGCUGUCAGAGCAUUUCUUAGUCAAAUCAGUAAGUGUUUAUUCCACAGUUCCAAAGGCCGACGGCGGUGUGGACUUCAUUCAUGUGCUGCUUAUUCUUGGACACUUUUACGUGAGCAGGAUACAUAAGGAAACUGGAAGGUUAUAUUACGAGUGGGCAUUACUUGUGGCAAUGGAAAUAAGUCAUUUAGAAAGUCAGCUUCUAGCCACCCAGAUACUCUGCCAUUUCUACAAUACCAUUGUAAUUAAUGAAGCACAAUGUAUUAUCUACAACGAAUACCAGCUUUCGUUGGCCAGGAAGAUGUCAGAUAAAGUAUUAGAAGGUCAAGUCCUUGAAACAAUAAGUCAACUGUAUUUAUCCUUAGGCACAGAAAGGGCCUGCAAAUCUGCUCUGGAAUACACAAAGAGAAGUCUAGGGAUUUUUAUAGAUCUUCAGAAAAAGGAAAAGGAGGCGUUUGCCUGGCUCUGUGCUGGAAAGAUUUAUUAUAUCCUUGGUCAGAAUGAACUUGUGGACCUUUACGUUCAGGUUGCUCAAAAUGUAGCUCUUUCUACCGGGGACCCACAUUUAGGAAUGCAAUUAUUUGAGGCUGCUGGAGACAUAUUCUUCAAUGGUAUCACAGACAGAGAUAAGGCAGUGUCAUUCUACAGGGACCAUGCCCUUCCACUAGCUGAGAAGAUGGGAAACAUGAAGACAGAGCUCAGGCUGUGCAAUAAACUUGCAGAGUUAUUGACGAGCAUGAAAAAUUAUGAAGAGUGUCUGGAACAUGCAAAAAAAUCUCUGGCAAUCAGUGUGAGUUUAGAAAAUAGGUUGAAUGAAAGAGUUGCCUAUCACAGACUAGCUGGAGUAUACAGACAUCUGGGUCAGUGUGAACUAGCAGAACAUUUUUACCUGAAAGCUCUCUCCCUUUGUCCGUCUCCUUUGGAACUUGAAGAGGAAGCAGUAUACUACAUGAAAGUGUAUUUAAUUCUAGGAGAUAUUAUUUUCUAUCAUCUUAAGGAUCCCUUUGAUGCGUCCGGGUACUACCAUUUGGCACUUGCAGCAGCCAUGGAUUUGGGAAACAAAAAGACUCAGCUGAAGAUUUACACUAGGCUUGCCGUUAUCUACCAUAAUUUCCUCAUUGAUCGAGAAAAAUCUCUUUAUUUUUACCAGAAAGCCAGAACUUUUGCAUCCGAGCUUAACGUUCGAAGAAUAAACCUGUCACCAAACCAAGGUCACCCGAGCACAAUGUGGACGUGUGUUUAAAGAUCUCAGUAAAAAUGAUCAUAGGUGACUAAGAACUACAUACACGGCUUAUUAGGGAAACACAAAUUUCAGGUGUGACAAUUCCAAGUGUGUAUCUUUAUAGGGAGCUACACAUUUAAAGAUACACAACUGCACUUACCCGGCUUUUCUGGGACAGGAACCCUUAUGGAUGUAGCACACAAGACAAAAAACUGGGUGCAGACAUGUCAAACAAUAUGAAACCGCACCAGGUAGUCCCUCAUCACACCCAUACCUACAAAUAAUACUCAUGCUAGGCUAUUUGUAGUGUCUACAUGAGGGGGCAGGGAUAGCCAUGUGAUGGGGUAGCUAGCCCAAGGUAGCCUAAAAUGUGUCGAGAGUGGAGGGAAAAAUAAGACAGUCGGAAUUGAUGAUAAAUGAUGGUCCACUGCCCAAAGAACAGAGUGGCCAAGAGACCCAGAGAAGCAUCCUUCCAGGUUAAACCUAGGAGAGUUCUCAGAUAUACUCAUUCCUGGGCUGGAGGAGUGUUUUCUGGCUCUAAAACACGUGGUUAUGUAUGUUUUUAAAAAAUAAAAAAAUGGCUCACAAGUUACAUGGUUGCAACUGUAAGUAACAUGUAAAAGUGGCGUGUUUAAGAUCAUGGGCUUUAGGAGCAUCUGGUUCUCGUCACCAACCAGCUUAAUAAAUAUGUGCCAUGCUUUCCAAGUACACAGUUGCUGCACUUUAUGAAUUUAUACAUUGUAUUGUUUACAGUUCUAAGUGGGAUCAGAGUAACACAUUUUUGCUAAUCAUUUGAAAUGUACUGUGAAUAAAAUAAAUGAGAAGUGAUUUUACAAGAA